AUGACAGACGCCAAGGUGGCCGCCGCCAUUGCGAGCGGCAAGGUGCCCGAGGGCAUCACCGAAGCCUUUCUCAACGAGAGCAAGGACAAGCCUGCCAUUAUCGCCAUUGUCAUUGUGGCCGUCCUGACAAGUUGCGUCGUGCUUUGCCGGUUGGCGUCACGAGCCUUCAUCGUCAAGCGCGUGGGAGUCGACGAUGGUUUAGCCUUGGCAUCCCUGGCUUGCUUCAUUGCAUUUGUUGGUCUUACCAUUGAGCUGAUCCGAUUGGGCUCGGGUCGCCACUUUGCAUACAUCCAGUACACCAUGGACAACGACACGAUGCUGUUGACACAGCUCAUCGACUUCAUCGCCCACAUCAUCUACACCAUUGCGCUCCUCCUGUGUCGCGUUUCCGGCUUGGCGUUUUACUGGCGGCUCUGCCAUAUGCAUGACAAGUUCAAACUGACGAUUCAAAUCGUCUUUGGCUUCCUGGUCGCAGGCUUCCUACCGCAACUCCUGCUCAUCAUCUUCCACUGCAAACCGGUCACGGGAUGGUGGCCCUACGACUUUCAGCCCGAAUUUGGCCGGUUCGAAUGCUUGCAAUGGGGGUUGGUGUAUGUCGUGAAUUCUUCCGUCUCGUUGCUGUGCGAUUUGCUCAUCUUUGGUAUCCCAAUUGCCAUGCUGUGGACGCUGGAAAUGACGCGCAGAAAGAAGAUUCAACUCGGCUCCAUCUUGCUACCCGGUAUUCUGGUCAUUGCCAUUUCCAUCACACGACUCAUUCUGGUCAUUCGCGGACAAUGGGAGGCGGACAUGUCAUGGGAGUACAAUCCGAUGCUCGGUGUCGAGGUUGCUGAGAUUGGCGCCACCCUGAUUGCGCUUUCUGUCCCCGGAGUGAAGCCCAUGUACGAUAAAUUCGUACUGGGCAAGAAGGAGGCCAGUCAAUCAUCUGCCUCGGCAAGUCGGAUGCAGAACAGGAGCGCUGACUCAAACGCGACCAAGCUUGGCACGCUACGGCUGCGGAGCCAGCAUCUGGGCAGCCGGGAAGAGAUCAACCACCUAAACUACGCGACGGCGGUGAGCGCCAGCCAUGCUCCGAGUACGGACGAUUCUCACAGCGCCAAGUCGACGGAUGGUAUCUAUGUCAAGGUUGACUUUGACAUUCACGAAGGACCAACUCAUGCCCGGUGA